UGUGACAAGCGAGUGUGGAAAAAGGAGCCAGGGGGACCGAUGAAGUCACCGGUCAAAGUCUCCCUCCGACUCAGGAGAAGAAGCGCGCAACCCGCCGAACGCUCUUGACUCCCUCUUGUUCUUCUUCCUCCUUCGUCUUCUUCUUCCUCCUCCUCCGAAAGAACCAAAUCAAGAGCUCAGCUCGUCUUCUCUCCCAAGGUCCAGGCCCAGCCCGGCCCGGCCGCCAUGGACGUCGUGUACAAAGCCCUGAUCGCCGCCGUGGCCGCCUUCGCCGCCGUCUGCUUCCCCUACCUCCUCCUCGCCUUCCUCUGCCGCCACCGCAAGCACCGCCUCCUCUUGCCCCGCUGCUCCUCCUCCUCCUCCUCCUCGCCUCCGCCGCGCGCCAUGGACGCCGCCGCCGAGCUCUCCCUCUCCCCCUCUUCCUCAUGGUCUCUCUAUGGCGGCUCCUCCUCCGCGCUCCAGAAGAUCUCCCUGGACGACCUGUCCCGCGCCACGGGGGGCUUCUCCCCGGACAACAUCAUCGGCGACGGCAGCUUCGGCUUCGUCUACCGCGCCGUCCUCCCUGGCUCAGGCGCCGCCCAACCGGUCGCCGUGAAGCGCCUCUCCGCGGACCACGGAGGCGGCGCCGGGGACCGCGAGUUCCGGGCGGAGCUGGAGGUGCUGGGCGGGCUCAGCCACCGCCACCUGGCCCGGCUGCUGGGAUUCUGCGCCGCCGGCCGCGACCGUGUCCUCGUCUACGAGCUCCUCGAGCGCGGCAGCCUCGACGCCUGGCUCCACGGCGCCGGCGCCGGCGCCGGCGCCGGAGACGGAGACGGAGAAGAAGAAGCGAUGCGGCUGCUGCCGUGGGCGGCGAGGGUCCGGGUGACGCGUGGCGCGGCGGCGGCGCUGGCGUUCCUGCACCAUGACCGGCAGCCGCCCGUGCUCCACCGGGACGUCAAGUCCAGCAACGUGCUGCUGGAUGAAGGGUUCGAGGCGAAGCUCGCGGAUUUCGGGCAUGCCAGGGUCGUCAGUGGUGGCCCGGCCGCGUCGCACCUCAGCACGCAGGCCGCCGGCACCGCCGGGUACAUGGCCCCCGAGAUACGCGAAGGAAUGGGGGCGAGCGUGAAAGCGGACGUGUACAGCUUCGGGGUGCUGAUGAUGGAGACGGUGACCGGGCGACGGCCAAACUGGCCGAUGAAGAACGUCAGUGGGAAGGAGGUGUCGCUGCUGAAAUGGGCGAGGGAGAAGGUGGAGGCGGGCAUGUCGUCGGAGAUCGCAGACCAUCGGAUGGGACUAAUCCAAGGGGAAAAGGAAGCAGAGGAGGUGAAGGCGUUCUUGGACGUGGCGCAGAGUUGCACGGAGGAGUGCCCUAGGUACCGGCCGUCGAUGCAGGAGGUGGUGGAAAUGCUCAAUAGGCUUUGAGAGUAGUCUCAAAUCAAAUGGCUCUAUGAUAUAUAGGUACAUAUGUAUUAUAAUGUAUAUAUGAAGAUAAGACUGUAAAAAGUUGAGUGGAUUACAUUGUUGUGCUCAAUAGGCUCUGAGAGUAGAUCGAGUUCACGCAAGUGUGAGGAUCAAGCAAAGUUCAGUUGGGGAUUUGAGUCUCCGUUUACUGCAUACACAAUUCAAGUGUAUUUGAGUCUUUGCAAUGUAAUCCAUGUGCAUUACCCUCUUGUCA